UUACUUUGAAUGAAUUUUUAAGAAUAUUUGAGGACAGUAUUCAGUGAUGGCUGAACCACAAACCAGUAUCAACUAUGACUUUCCAUCUAUCCAUGAAAACCAGGAACUGCUCUAUGAAUCAUAUACAAGUUCACAAGACAGUGCUAUCAGAGUAGAGAUUUCAGAUGUUGAAAAGAGUGGGGAGUACUUUCUAACUGGAAUACUUCGUCGAUGCAAUCAGCAAGUUCUUAAACCGUACUGGCGUCUCUUAUUAUUUAUUGGUUGGCGUCCAUUUGCCCGAGAUCGAGUGCUUCAUCCAUCAUCUUGCAAAUGCUGGAAUGUUUUAUAUCCGUUACUUAUCACCUGUCUUCUCGUCUUUUCCUACGCUUACGAUAUCCUAGUUUGCGUGAGCGCACCAGUUCUUGAGAGUACCGUUUAUGAUCCACAAUCAGGUUCAUUAGCCAAUGCAACCACACCUUUCAGGAAAAACCUGUGUCACAAUAUGUUCUCAAUUGUCAUUAUGCCAAGCUGUCUCCAUUUUCUCGCUUUUUUGUACGGAUUUUGGUACAUACGCACCCAGGAAAAUGAACAGAUAUAUGCCUUGAUUGAACAAGUGUUUCUACAGGCCAAUUCCAAGGCACGAGGCAGUGUUACUCAGGCUACAGUUAUUAAAUCAUUAAGAUUCAUCCUGUUUUGUGGUGCUGUCUGGACUUUCGCAGCUCUCGGAAUCAAUGUCCUUUAUGUUCGUGCAUUUGGUUUUGCUAACGUCACAAUAGCAACAAAUAGAAAUGAAUUAUUGACUGCUUCUUUACUGGUGAUUGACCUUGUGGGUAGUACGAUCCAACAUCUGAUUAAUACAGCCAUAGUGGUCAAUUUCACAGUUCAGUGCGAGGUCAUUAUAUAUUAUAUGAGGAUAAUCGGGACCAGAAUGCAGGAGAAGUCAUCUGAACUAAGAACUAUUAUGAACGAUAUUUUGAGAGUAAAGCAGUCUAUAUCAAGACUUAAUGGACCAAUCGCAAACAUGACAUCCCUGUCUAUCUUCUACUUUAGUCUCCGCUUUAUUAUUGGACUGUGCCUUCUGAUCUUAAACGAUGAUCGUCGUCUAGUGGUCUGGUCUUACUGGUCAACAUAUUGCCUUAUUUGGUUUGUUAUCAUGGUGUGUCCUCUCUUUCAAGCAGCCCGAGUUAAUGCUACUUGUGAUAUGUACAAACAAGAAGGUCAUGAGGUCAAAGUUUUUGGCUACCUGUCCAGCACCCAAGUUGAACUAGAUUCAUUUCUGCUGUUCAUAACAAGUGCUAAACUAAAGGUGAAGCUAUUUUGCAUGCCAAUAAAAAAGUCCUACAUCUGUGGUGUGUUUAUCAUUGGUCUCUUAAGCCUGGCUAUCCUGCUUCUAACAAAAGUUAUCAAACCUGUGGAUACUCUUUUUUUUUAGUUUAAAUGUUGGCAAUGUACGUCCUUGCUCGGGACAUCCUCUACUUCACUACGGUACAGAUGGGUACAUUUGUGUAAGUUCGUCAUAAUUAAAUUGCAGUGGCGGAUUCAAGUGGGGCCCAGCCACUCCCUCCUCGCAUCCUAAAUUUUUCAAAAUGAUAACAAAAAUUAGAGAAAAAAAGAAAAUUAUAUUCAAGUUUAAGUCUGCUAUUUCUGGCCAUCUAGAGAUGCCAUAAUCAUAAAUUUUCUUAGCUUAGCCCUAAAUAUGUUGGGGCUGAAGUGAUAUAGGCCUCCAUCUGUGAAGCCCUUCACUGGGCACCCUCUAUUUGGAAUUGCUGGAUCUGCCACUGAAUUGAUUAUUAUUUGUUUACUAUUAGCUAGAUUGGUUAAAAAUAAAUGAUUUUAGACAUUUGUAAAAGCACAAAUAGAUCUACAGUAUCUCAGUCAGCAUUAUAAGUGUUUGAUUGUACCUCAAUAAACAAUGAGCGGUCCAUGAACACAAAAUUCUAGUCCUUAGACGAGACUUUUCCAUACCUUGUUUCGUGAAUUUAUUCUUUUAGAGAAAGGCGGAAAAAAAAUAAAAAUUAAAAA